AAGCUAAUGUUUGCUGUUUUCAUAUUUUAUACAGGUAGUAAGCAUUAAUAAUGUCUUUCAUCUUUGAGUGGAUCUACAAUGGCUUCAGCAGUGUGCUCCAGUUCCUAGGACUCUACAAGAAAUCUGGGAAACUUGUAUUCUUGGGUUUGGACAAUGCAGGCAAAACCACUCUUCUACACAUGCUCAAAGAUGACAGAUUGGGCCAACAUGUUCCAACAUUACAUCCGACAUCAGAAGAGCUGACAAUUGCUGGAAUGACUUUUACAACUUUUGACCUUGGUGGGCAUGAGCAAGCACGUCGGGUUUGGAAAAAUUAUCUCCCAGCAAUUAAUGGGAUUGUUUUUCUGGUGGAUUGUGCAGAUCAUCCUCGCCUCAUGGAAUCCAAAGUUGAACUUAAUGCUUUAAUGACUGAUGAAACAAUAUCCAAUGUGCCAAUCCUUAUCUUGGGUAACAAAAUUGACAGAGCAGAUGCAAUUAGUGAAGACAAACUCCGUGAGAUAUUUGGGCUUUAUGGACAGACCACAGGGAAGGGAAAUGUGACCCUGAAGGAGCUGAAUGCCCGCCCCAUGGAAGUGUUCAUGUGCAGUGUGCUCAAGAGGCAAGGCUACGGCGAGGGCUUCCGCUGGCUCUCCCAGUAUAUUGACUGAUGUAUGGACAGUGAAAAUAAAAGAGUUUUACUUCUCUGGACUGAUCCUAUUCACAGCCUCCUCAUGAACUUUUCUAAUAGAACAAGGAAAGCUCUCCACAACCAUGUCUGGCGUUGAGAAGCCAAGAGUCUCUGUCAGCUCUCUCUUCUCCCAGUGGUGACAUGUGCUCUUCACACUGUCGGGAGGUCACGCUGCCCCAUGUGCUGGUGCAGGUCAGCAUCCCAGGACUUGGAAGCUGGCAGGAUUUGCCGGGAAAAGCUGUGUGCCAUCAUGGGGCACCUGAACAGAAAAACACGUCUCACCACUGAGGUUGAUUUCAAAAGAAAGCAAUUCUAUUUUUUAAAGAAAGUGUUGUUUAUGUAAUUGGUUUCCCUUCUAACUUUUUGAGUUUACAAUUUACUUGGUCCAGAGUUUUCUAUUCCUUUUUUUUUUUUAAUCUAGUGAAUGGCAUUUAGAUACUUCCUAAAAUUAUACAGAGGUACAUGUUGGAGGCCAGAGCUCAGUCAAGUGAACUCACUCCUGUUGAGUUAGCAGUUGGUGGAAGAAGCUCCCCUGCCUAACUGCCUGGAGUAGGUGGCAUCACCUUGUGCACAGAGAACCGGAAAAGGGCAGGCCUGGCCUCGCAGUUGCAGGUUCCCACUGUGGCAAGCUGGGGCUCUUCCGCCUCACGAGUGCAUAGCAGAUUGUUCACGGCAGGGGAGGUCGUUAUACAGUGGGUCAUUGUUACUAUCAUUACCUAUAAAGUUACAAAUUUCAGCCAGUCUCUGCUUGGAAUUGUGGUUUCAUUUCUCUUUGUAGCACUUUUUUUUUCCAGUUAUAGCAAGUGACUUUUGCCUCAAAAUAGAGUUGAGACCAUCUCCCAUGUUGUCCUGUACUGCAAGUGUGUCAGUUACUUUUGCACAGAUUUUAGGGGAAUUUUUCCGAAUAGGAGAGUCACACAAGACACAGGUAACAGCUUAAGGGCUCUUAAUUUUGUGAUUUGAGAACUUAAAAAUCUGGUAUUAUAGCAUUUGGUUGAAUCUGGGAAGGAUUUAUUCAGUGGACUAUAAAUUUUCCACUUGCAGCAUUUGGUCUCUGGACUUUUCAUGAGCUUUUUUUUUUCUUUUAAAUCAGUUAUCAAUUUUUUUGGUGUUUAAGGAUGUUUAAAGGUUAACAUCUUUUCCAGAAUUUUAUUUUUAUGACAUUGCCUUUCUCCAUUCCAGAAAUAAGCUGGGGAAACUCGAAUUCAAGAACUUCGUGUAGAGCUUUCCCUUUUGAGCCAGCAUCAUUUAUUGUCAGCAAGCACUCAGUACAGAAGCCGCCACAUCCCCAGCAGUGUAAUGAGGAGGGUGUUUAUAGCUUUCCAUUUCUUAAUGCCAUGGGUGAAAUUGGAUUUUCUUGAUCUUAACCAAUUUUCUACCCUUGCAGUAAAAGAUGACAGGAUGGGAGGUGGUCUUAAAAUGGGAGAAUAUCUUCAUUCACUUUUCCUUUAAUGAAAAGUUAGAGGUAGUUUCCUCAAAAUUGAAAAAUUGUGAUGAUGAUGCCGAUACACAGAUGAUUGAAUUCAGUGGAUUCUUGCUUACAAUAAGAGGGUAGGGAAAGUGUGGAUAACAUAUUUUUGGGGUGAGAGAGUAUUGUUCUUUAGUCGGAUUUCUCUUUAAUGAUGUCUUCAAUACUAUUAGGAGAGCAUACUUUUUCACUGCCAGGUACCAAAUGCGGAGGCUCUGUGGAGUAUAAGUCUGGAAUGAGCAUGACUUUCGUUUAUGAGCAAGCAUAGCUGGAUUAAGACAGUUGUUGGUUUGGAAAGGGGUUAAAGCCUUAAGUGAACAAAUCUAGCUAAUGGUGAAUUAACUUGCAUACUUUUAAUUUACUUUGGCUAAAGGUAAUCUAUCCUUCUCCAUCCAGAGACAUGAGAGUAUGAUCGCUUCAGUGUUAGUUUUCUUGUUUUUUCUCUUUCCCCCUACUCACUUUGUAGCAAGCUAGAAAACUGUGGAUUCUGUGCAGGGCAGCUCUUUGUGAAAGUGGUUUAUUUUGGCCACUGGAGAAAGGGGGGGUCGAAAAGCCAAGUGGCACCCGUCUGUGUGUUGCCCCCCCAUACAACACUGUUCCUGUAGUAACAGCAGAAAGAAGCAGCUGUGAGGAGCGUGACUCUAACAGUGAGGAUCUGAGCUUUGGGCAAGAACUCCCAUGAAUUGAGACUUUUCAUUCUGUUUUAUCAGAGCGCAUAUAGGUCCUAUUUCAGGAAAAGUAAAGCAGUCAUUUACAAAAGAAAGUCAGUCUGUAUCCUAAGCAUUUUAAUAAAAAGUUAAAACAAA